UCGCGCACUCGGCUCGCUCUGACAACCCGGGGGGAAGACUGGAGAGUCUCGCGCUGAGCGUUUGGGAUAUCUGGAAAGCAGAGGGACUAUGGCUGCCAACGCGGGGUCCAUGCGUAUCCUCAUCAAGGGAGGGAAGGUGGUGAAUGAUGACUUCACCCAGGAAGCUGACGUUUACAUCGAGAACGGCAUCAUUCAGCAGGUGGGAAAGGAACUGAUGAUCCCGGGCGGAGCCAAGGUGAUUGACGCCUCGGGGAAGCUGGUGUUGCCGGGCGGAAUAGACACCAGCGUGCAUCUGCAGCAGACUUUUAUGAAUGCCGCCAUCCAGGAUGACUUCUACAGCGGCACCAAGGCGGCUCUGAUGGGUGGUACCACCAUGGUGCUGUCUCUGGUCCUGCCUGAACAACACUGCUCCCUGGUGGACGCCUAUGAGAAGUGCCGGGCUGAGGCUGACGCCAAGGCCUGCUGUGACUACGCUCUGCACGUUGGGGUGACCUGGUGGGGACCCAAGGUGCGUAACGAGAUGGAGACCCUGGUGAGGGAGCACGGGGUCAACUCCUUCCAGAUGUUCAUGGCCUACAAAGACAUGAUGAUGCUGAAGGACUCAGAACUCUACCAGACGCUGCAGAGCUGCAAGGACAUCGGAGCGAUUGCACGCGUCCAUGCUGAGAACGGAGAGCUGGUGGCAGAGGGUGCCAAAGAAUGUCUGGAUUUGGGGAUCAGCGGACCGGAAGGUAUUGAGAUCAGCCGACCAGAGGAGCUGGAGUCAGAGGCGACUCACAGAGCCGUCACCAUCGCCAACAGGGCCCAUUGCCCAAUCUACCUGGUGAACGUGUCCAGUAUGUCUGCUGGAGACAUGAUCGCUGCUGCUAAGAUGCAGGGUAAGGUGGUCCAUGCAGAGACCACGGUAGCCCAUGCCGUGCUGAAUGGGAUGCAGUACUACCACCAGGACUGGGCUCAUGCCGCCGCCCAUGUCAUCGCCCCUCCUCUCCGCCUCGACCCCAACACACCCAACUACCUCAUGGGCCUGCUGGGCAAUGACACUCUGAGUGUGGUGGCAUCUGAGCACCGUCCCUUUAACACCAAGCAGAGAGCCUUGGGCAAGGAGGAUUUCACCAAGAUCCCCCAUGGGGUGGCGGGGGUACAGGACAGAAUGAGCGUCAUCUGGGAGAGGGGAGUGGUUGCAGGAAAGAUGGAUGAGAACCGAUUUGUGGCCGCAACGAGCUCAAACGCAGCAAAGAUCUACAACCUGUAUCCACGCAAGGGUCGCAUCAUCGCAGGAGCCGACGCUGACGUGGUGGUCUGGGACCCUGAUGCAACGAGGACGAUCUCCGUAAGCACUCAAGUGCAGGGAGGAGACUUCAACCUGUACGAGGGGAUGCGCUGCCAUGGCGUUCCCCUGGUCACCAUCAGCCGAGGCCGUCUGGUGUGUGAGAACGGCGUGUUCAUGUGCGCCGAGGGCUCUGGAAAGUUCUACCCCAUGCGCACCUUCCCUGACUACCUCUAUAAGAAGAUGGUACAGAGAGAAAAGACUCAGGCCUUGAAAGGGGUUGACAGGGAUCCCUACUCCGGCGAUGUGGCCAAGGUGGCCAACUCUAUGAAGAAGGAGCUGGGGUUGGGCCCCAUAGAUGGAGAAACACCCACCAAACCCUGUGCUCGAGUUCACCAGGGGGUCAGAGACCUCCAUGAGUCCUCCUUUAGCCUCUCAGGCUCCCAGGUGGAUGAUCACAUCCCUAAGAGGUCCUCGGCUCGUAUCCUCGCCCCUCCCGGCGGUCGCUCCAGUGGGAUCUGGUAAUCUAGGAUCCUGGAGCCUCGACAGUCUGAGCCUCGUCGUUUUGUACAUUUCUGAGCAACCAGGAAAACUGCACUGAUUUUCAAUCACAGGGUUAUCAUUAGAGGGAAAAUAAAUUGAAGUAUGUGUCUGUGAUUGGUGGACAGUCUAAUUGACUGAAGAUCUAAUUGAUGAUCAGUGAUUUGCCAAAGUGACUUUGCAAAUCUAAUUUGUGUCUUAAUUGGAGUGACUGACCUGAUUAACUAAAUGAAAGUGAAGGGCUAGCUAUGAAUUAAAGUGUUUUGCCAAAUUCAAACUGAUCAUACUAACAGAGAAAAACUCAUUAUCACCUUGCUAGUAUUUUGUGAUGAAAGACAAACUUCACCAACAACUGUGAAAGAUCAAAACCAGUACAGUUUUUGAUGGUUUGAAUUGAAUUGAUGUUGACUGAAUUGUUUAAACAAUAGUAGAAACUGAAUUCAGUGAAAUAUCUAUACCCCCGUCGCGCACAAACAUACAGUACACUAUAGACACCAUAGCUUUAGACUCAUAUGAAGACGUGUGUGAAUUCCCCUGGUUUCUGUUUGUGACUGAGCCGCCCGCUGUGGGUCGGUGGUCCUGCUGCGUCAUGGGUUCUCCUAACAGCUUUUUAUUUCCUAUGGAUGAAACGUGCUGUGUGGUGAUGAAAUCCAACUGCUUCUAACACUCUGUGAUCUUACCGCUACACUCUCUAGCUACAGUCAGACAUCACCUCAUCCAUUUAUACACUUCCACUGCCUCUGACUUAAAAAAAAAACUACAACAAACACCUGUGUUUCCCAGAGUCAUCCCAGCCUUACAUGGAUUGUACCAGGGGUCUAUAGAAUAUGACGCAAAGUUUGGAAACAUACAACCUAUGUGCUUUCAUAUUGAACGUCAAAUAAUCUAUAGACAUUGCAAAGUACCAGAAAAGCUAAAAGAAAUCAGUUCAGUUUCCUAAAUGAGGAAUGGAGAGUGGGUGAUUUAGUGGCAGGUCACAGCAGGGAUGAUGUGGAGGAAAAACUAUGCUUUCACAUACUUUUGCUACUGAUAAUUUAUAGUAAACAAGGUGGACGUGCUUUAUCAUUCACCCAGGAGAUCACCUCUGGGAUAAAACACAUGUGGCAUGUUGGGAUUACAACCUGCUGACUGAAAAUGGGAGCUAAAUCCACACCUGUUAGAGCUAAUGUAACACUUUGAUAUCAGGUUGAACAGAGCAGAUUAGCUUUUUGAAUAAACAAAGAACUUUCCAGUCAACUCCUGGCACCUCCACAUAACUGGCACUGAAAAACUGACACUGGAAAAUUUGUCGUGUAGAUUAUUUUGAUGGGUUAAUAACAGUGGCAUCCCUAAAGGAAGAAGGACAUGCACAUUGGAAUUUUAUACAGUUUUUGUCAAAUAGAAUGCACUGUUCACAUGUCAUUGUGCGUUUACCAUAUCACACAGAUUAUUCAGUAUUCUGUGGAUAUAAUCAGUAGUCUCACGUGAACUGUAUUGUGAAAGCACACCUCCUGUCCGUGGUAAAGGAACAGAUGUUUUAUUAGAGCUGGAUCUCCACAAGGCAGAAGAUUGAGCUGCACAGGCUGAAGAAAACCGCUAGGACUCCCCUGACUGACCCCCUCACUUCCUGAUGAUGUCUCUCAUUCCUGCCUAACAGUGUUAUAUUUAUACAUGAUCACUUCUUGUCCGUGUACUAUAUACUGUAUUUAGGUUGUUUUUUUUUUUUUAGCAGAAGGAAUAAAUGUGCCAAUGUGAGUCACCAUGCCACACCAACACCCAUGCAUGAAGAGCACCACAUGGAGACAGAGAGGAGCAGAAUCUCUAUGGAAACGCCACAGAUUCGACAUUCUGGUGCUGUUUUUUUACGAUUACCUAUAACGACAUAGUACGUUUAUUUUAUCGUUGGAUGGUUUAGUUGUUUUGAAAGCACUGUGACUGGUCAGUGGCUGUGUGUGUUCGUAGAUUCUCGUUGUGUUGGACAGUGAACCUGUUGAAUCUGUAAGUGGCUGCUUGUUUCUUACCACAAGAAUGAGUGCAAAAAAAAUCAAUAAAAAAAUAAAGUGAAAAGAAUAACCUCUG